GCACCCAUGUAUGUGGACUUUUUCGGUACCUGCCAUUCAGACACAGCUAAACCAGCCAUCCUUCAGGCAAGACACCUCUCCUGGUACCGAACCAACAUGGUGAGGGGACUGACCUUCUACCCCCCUGAUAUCCUGAGUGUGAUGCUGAAGGAUGGGAAGUUGCAGAUGGAUGGAAAGGGAGCCCUCAUGCUGCCUCCUGAGAUGCCUCAGGAGAAGCCUCCCAAGGAAUACUCUGAACCCAACUCCAUGACUGAAUAUUUCUAUGAUGGUGUAAACAGUGACCUGGCCUUGUUUCCUGCUCAUGUUAGUGUCAGCCCCAGGGAGUACGAUUUUGGUUGCUGCGUGCCACUUCACAAGGCAGAACCUCUUCCUCUUCAUGUGAUCAACCACACCAAAGGAAAUAUCAGUGUUGCCUGGACUCCAAACCAUGGCAGUGCCUUCCAAGUGUGCCCCAAAAUCUGUGACAUCCCACCUUUGAAGUCUUCAGUUUUCCAUGUCUAUUUCAAGGCUCCUCAGCUCAACAGUCUCUAUGCAGCAGAGCUGGAAGGUUUUGCCUUCUACAAGGUGAUGAGACACUACAGCAACAUUGAGAAUGAUGUCACCAUUUGUCCAUCCUGGUGCCUGACUGUCAGGCUGAGAGCGCACACGUAUGAAGCAGAACGGGAGCACUUCAUCCCACAGUACAUCCUGGAUGUCCCCAAGACUUUUCCUCCUGUGGCUCCUGACACUGAUACCUACUGCAGCAUGCUGCUCUCCAACACAGGCUCUUCUCUGAUAACCUUCAGUAUGAACCAAACAGCCUGUCCCUCUGUUUCAGUCAAGCCCAGCUCAGGACACAUCAUUCCAGGAGGCCACCAGAUUUUCCUUCUCUCCACUCACCCAGUUAACACAGUCUUGCAGCAGCAUGUCCUGCCUUUGCAGCUGAACUCUUAUCCUGGAUACACCAAGGAAAUUGCUCUCCAGAGUUGUGGGGAGUCCAUUCAUUUGCUCUUAGAAGGUGAUGGAAAUCUAUACUUCAGGCCUCUCCAUAUAGGUACCUCCUCUACACGAAUGUACACCAUAAAAAACUGCACAAGGCUACCUGUAGUUUUCACAUGGAAGAUCCAUCAGUCUGACAGUAAGAUCCUGUCUGUCAGCCCCACUGAAGGCAUCCUCCAGCCCUAUGAAGCCAUGGCUCAGGCAUGGACUUUUACUCCUGACCAGAAGACCAAGUAUCUGCUGCGAGCUAUGAUGUUUGUGAAGUGGAAAAUCCCAUACCCCGUGUCUCCCAAAAGUGUUUGUUAUAUCUUACGGAUUGUUGGAGAGGGGGUACUGGGCACCAUCAGGACACAAAAGGAGCACCUGGACCUUGGAAAUGUUCUGGUUGGUGAUCUGCAAAGCUGCAGCGUUGUACUGCUAAAUGAUGGGAUCUGUUCUCUGAAGUAUGUCCUCCAUGUGGAACAACUCAUCACUGGGCCCUGUGACCCUGAGGAGGUCUGCAGCGAUCCACUGGCUCUAGAGCUGGAACACUCCAGAGGGACAAUCCCUGCCAGGUCAAAAGCUGUUGUCCGAGUAACAGUAAGGCCAGCCCGUCGGCUGCAUUAUACCUGGUCUAUCAAAUAUGCUAUUUGCACCCAAACAGCUACAGAUCUUGCAAGCACAAAGGAGCCGCAGCCCCUCUGCUGCAUUGUAGCAAGAGGCGUCUACCCAUGGGAGCUGUUCUCCUUGGACACACUGAAUGAAUACUUGGAGCGAGACCUGACUCCCAGUGAGCUCACCUACCGAGUUCCCACAAGGCACAGCACAUGCUUGACCCCUCCAGUGUACACCCCUCUCCUGCUGGAUUUCAACUUUGGGUCUGCCCUGGUAGGCUCAGAGCCGAGCCUUGUGAUGCUUCUUCUGGAGAACAAGGGUGUGGUGCCUGUGGAGUGGGCCUUCUUGUUUCCUUCUGAUCAGAAGAUGGACAUGGAGCACUGGGCACAGGAUGCUGAGUUUAGCCCCCAGGAGCUGGACCAGAUGAGAAUUCAGGAUAACCAGCUCUUCAGUGUUUUCCCAAAGUCAGGAACACUUCUUCCAGGACAGGAGAAAUCUGUCCAGCUCUCACACAGACAUGAUUUCAUUGGCACUGAUCGCCUCCCUGUACUGCUGAAGGUUUCCAAUGGCCAUGAGAUUCUGCUGACCUUCAGCGGUGUGACAGUGGAACACAACUGGCCGUACAUUCAUUUUGCCUCCACUAAUCACGUCUUCACACCCAUUGCCAUUGGGAGUUCCCACCCUCCUACACAGACUUAUAAACUCUACAAUGGUGGCUCCGUGCCUGUGAUGUUUGAGGUUCAGCUGGACAACAUUGAGAGAGAGGAGGAAAAUUUUCAGCAUCCUAUAUUUGUCUGCCUAACUCCUAAAGGAGAAAUCCCUCCUGGAAAAACAGGCCACAUUGAGUGGAUCUUUUCACCACUGGAAGCUAAAACAUACUCGGUUGAUGUUCCCAUCCACAUCCUGGGCGGUGAAUCAGCCCUGAUCACUUUCCAGGGAGUAGGCUACAAUCCAAAUACCAUAGGAAAGGCUGUCACAUCCAGCAAAAUUUCGUCUGCUUCAGUCUUUCCAGGUUCUACCAAGCUAACUGUGCCUGGGCAGGUAGCCACCUUGUCACACCACAAGAUUUGCUUUGGAAGUAUCCCAGACUGCAGCAAAGCCAAUCAACUUGUCUUUCUCAACAAUAUGUCGGAGAGCAAGGCUGUUGUGUUUGCCUGGCAGAUAAGCACCUGUAAAGAUGAGAGGGUGUUGCAGAUUGCUCCAGAGUCAGGGGUUGUACAGCCUGGAGAGAGCAUCCCCUGCUUCAUCACAAUGGGACCUACAAUGAGUCCCUCUUCCUACAGUACAGAUCUGGUGUGUGAGGUGUACAUCCAGAAGUCCCUGGCUCAGUACAAGAGGGACCUGCAGGAGUGGGAAAAGGAGAAGGAACGGCAGGCUGUGGAAUUCACCAUCACAGAGAAGAGCCUUGGUACUCAGAAAAAGCUAAUGCCACCUGCAGUGAGGUUAUUAGAAUCUGCUGAGACAGAAAAUCUUCCUGAAUCCUCAGCUGUGAUCAGGAAAUACAAGACAUUACCCUCCAUUAAAAACCACCCCAUGCCCAAUCAGCCAGCUGGACACUUUGAGAGGAGGCUGCUGUUGGGCAAAGACACCAGCCAGGUGUGGGUCAAACCAGAGCCUCCCAAGCCUAUGCUCUUAUACCUUGGUGUGUCAGCCAGGUCCCACUCUAUUGAGGACUUCGACAGCAACUUCGCCUCGGAGCUUCCCAAAUACUUGUUUUCCUGCCGCUUCAGCACCUGGCCCUUGGAGAGCAAGUUUGUGGAUGGGAGUAGGGACAGAGACAGGAUGCACAUGGAACUCAAAUGGCUAUCCCUGGCUGCUGCUUCAAAACAGGAGUUGCAGAUAGUGACUGACAUACUCACAGGUGUCAUCAGAGGUCUCAUGGACAGCACUCAGUUCCACAAUGCAGUGAGAAGAAGCCUGGAUGAGCCUAUUCCAUAUUUCUCCCAGUUCCAAUGUUCAAGAUCAGCAGAGAUCCAGGACAGGAGACAGUGCUCCACAAUCCCAUGCAGGGUGUCUGCUUCUCCAGAUCUUUACCUUGAGAAGGAUGGAGAGAGGAAAGAAAUGAGUCAGGAAACCUCUCCCAGUGAUUUGCUGGAGUCUUCUGAGAUUUUUCACCACAAACAGUUGAGGGAGAAGAAGGAGGUGAUGGAUAGGCAGCCAGUCAUUGGGAACCUCGUGGAGCUGGUGCUGGAAAACAUACUGCAAAAUAUCCUGAUUGAAGCCAACUGUGGGGAGGUGGUGCUGACAGCCCAGCCCAGGGUCAUUGCUCUACCCCCCAGCCCUGGCCAAAGAGUCACCAAUCUGGCACCCCCACCCUCCAGAGCAUAG